AUGUUAAUGGCGACCAGUGGCUUUUUUACUUAUUAUGAUCUCUAUGGUGGUAAACCUGAAAACUAUCAUUAUCAAGAUAAUUCGCGAUUCUUGACAUCCAGAAUAGUGACUACAACACAUUCUAUUGCAUUAGUUCCAUCAACAACAAUACAAUCAAGUAAUAAAUUAUAUAAACUCGUAGAAUUUGUUCCAUUUGCUUAUGUACAUUGGUUUCUUAUUGGACUUGCUAUUAUAUUAACGUUAUUAUUAAUCAUUAUUUUUAUUUAUUAUUGUCGUAGCUAUUGUAUAAAAAAUAAUAAAUCGCAAAAUGAAGAAAAACAACCAUUACCAACUUUUUAUCGAUAUCGAGCAGCUAAUCGAUCUUUUCAUACAUAUAAUAUUUAUGAAACAGCAACGCCACGUCCUUUUCCAUCUCCUACACGUUCAUGUCCAUUAAAUUCAAAAACACGUCCUAACAAUGAUCAACUCCUUCGACAAGAUCUCGAUAUUAUUGGUUCUCCACCAAUCCCAUCUAAUAAUGUAAAUCAGACAAGACGAUCGAGUACAUUCACAGAUACAGCAUCAGAUUUACUCAUCGAAAUAAAAAAUCGAUUGAGUACUCGUUCGUCUGAAAUUUCAUUCAAAACCGACCGAUUAUGUGAAAUACCAGUGAAACAUACAAACAUCCCAUUAACUGUUGAAUUUAAAAAUGAUUCAUUACUUAUUGAUAUGAACUGA